GUGCAAAGAAUUUCUUGCUUGCUCGUCGUAUCGUAUAAAAAUAACUCAAUGUAGCUAAUUUUCAAGCACUGCAGCGAUUAUUUCCCUCAUUUGGGAAAAUGAUUGAAAUAUGUGCAAGAAUUAUACAACGCUCUGUCUUUAUCACAGAAGAGAAGAUAACUUGUGAGGUUAAAAUAACCAACCAUGGGCAUAACAAAAAUGUAAACAACGAAGUUAAGCGUAGGCACAGUAGACAUGCGUCUGACACAAGGGUUAUAGCACCAGAAGCUUGGAAUAGAGGAAUAAAUAUGGAAGUCAAGUCAAAAGAUGAGUCAGUAAUGUUAGCAUUAGCCAGCGCCCAAAUAUACUGUCAUUGUGAUGUGAAUGAGAGAAGGUUGAGAUUGCCUGUAUCAAUUCAUAACCAUUCAAAGCAAGAUCAUGUGAAACAACACACAAGUUUUUCACCAGUAAUGGGUGAGAAAGGUCAUUGUUUGUUCACAACUGAAGCAAGUGUUUUGUUUUGCGAUUUAAAAUUACGAAAAGGUGAAACUAAAAAGUUUAUAUAUUCAGAUGUUUUACCAAGUGAGGUACCUCCUUCUUACAAAGGACAGCAUAUCAAAUUUUCAUACAAAAUAUGUAUUGGUGUAGGAAGAGUUGGACAACCUUUAUGCAUAAUUAGACUACCAUUUCGACUCUUUGAAUUAAAAGGUAUAUUUAAAUCAAUUAAACGCCAUUCGUCAGAACAACAAGAAUCAGAUGAACCUACUUUAUCACCAAAAAAAGAACAGUCAGACACAAAUCCAUUCUUAGAGGAAGAUUUAUUAGAGUCAUAUUCAUUAUUAGAUGCAGCCAUGGACACACUAACCACCUUGACUGUGAAAAGAAAUUUAAAUACUUAUAAUAUUGCCAGUACUAGUGGUUGUGUUGGAAAAUUUUGUUUAUCCAAGCAUUAUUACCGUCUUGGUGAAGAUGUAUUAGGAACAUUUGAUUUAACUGGCUCGGAAGUGUCAUGUAUAAAGUUUACGGUGUCUUUACAAGUAGAGGAAACGAUAUCAAAAAGUUGUUUACUACAACCUUCUUCAUCGAAUUUUGUACAUUACAUAACGUUGUGUCGUCACGAAGAGUGUUGUUAUCACACAACAAAAACAAACUUUUUAUUACCUAUACCAGUCACCGCUACACCUGAAUUUACGCAUAAAAUAGUUUCUGUGCGAUGGAGGUUACAUUUUGAAUUUACAAUAGAAAUGAAAGAUAAAACCAUGGAAAAAUCAACUUUAAAAACAAAUGCAGAAGAAAACCAAAUGAACUUAUCAAUACCGUCAACAUUAAAAACUGAACUGAUGCUUUGGGACUUGCCUAUUCAUGUUGUUGCUACCAAUCCAAUAUUAGCUUCCCUUAUGAUGCAAGCAGAUAGCUCUGAAACUGUUUUACUCUCGGAUUAUUAACCAUACACAUUUUCGUAUAAGAAACACAAUUUUAAGAAAUUAAGACUAAAAUUAUAGGUAUUUUGUGAUUCUGUAAAAAGUAUAUUAGAAAAAUUUAAAAAUUGACGGAACUUUUACCAGUAUUUUCAAGGUGUUAAGCAGAGGUUUGACUCUAUAAAUAUUCAGAAAAUCCCCAAAUUAUGUUUCUUAUAAAAGAAUGUAUAUAUGUAUAAUAUAGAUUUUUUUAUGGCUGUUUUUAGCUUCUCUUGUUUAACUUGCUUAAGGUCAAUAAAUUAUGUACCAGCUGUGUUGGUAAAUUUUUCUAUCAUCUUUUAUUGUUUACUUAUAGAUUUUAUGAUUUUGUUUUUGUGUUAAUGUAAUUCUAGUUAGCUGUAUGGAGGAACAAAGCGAGGAGACUAUAUAUAUUUAAUAACACGUAAUGUUGUUUAAAAUAAACGAAUAAAUAAAUAAAAAAGAAUCAGGUACAACAUGGAGACAUGAAUUUACAAUUUAAACUUUAUGGCAAAACAAUGAUUUAUCAAAACUAGAAAAUCCUGUGUAUUAGCAGUGGCUUGAUCUGACAUGAAAGGCUCUUUUGUUGUAGACUGAUAACCGAGUUGGCUUAUACGUUUGCAGCUGGAGUGUUACAGUUGUGAAACAGGAACCCUUUAUAUAUCUGUAAAUGUUUAAGAAAGAUUUCUAACAGCGAGAUACAAAAUACUUUAAUUAGACGAUGAUGACGAUCUAAUGGAAAGUUGCUUGCCUUUUAACAGAAAAUGUUGGAGCUGCUUCGUUAGAGUACGGGUACCGAGAGCAGUGUAGAGAGCUAGUAUACAUAGUCUUUAUGUAAAGAAAAACGUUGAAAAAAAAUUGUUAGAAAAAAAUAAAAAAAGGGAAUGUCAGCAUACAAUUUUAAAUUUUAUAUUUUCUUUUUCACAGGCGGAAAACAUUGUGAAAAAAAAUUGGCUAUUAUGUGAAUGGGCAUUACAUCAGUGGGUUUAUAAGCAGGAUAUUACGCUAAAUCACCAAGGUUGGUAUGGAUAAACAAAAAAAUAUGUCACAAGAAUAUCAAAAUUCUUACCAUAGGGGUCCUUAUUCUCAUUAUUUUUAACAAUAACCUGAAAUCCCAUCCUCUAAUUCUUGUAAAGCAUAUUAUUUAAAAAAGGAAGUGUAUUGGUUAAAAACAAUGUUUUUAGCUCCUAUUGAAUGAUUGUUAACAACAAGGAAAGCUAUUGCUGGCAUUUUUUAAAGGAUAUAAAAUCAGAGUUGCUUUUUUUAAUUAUGCGAUUGGAAGUACUUUAAAAUUUGGAAAAUUUUAAAGAGAGCCAAACGUUUCAUUGCGAUUGCAUACAAGUCUAAAGUAUAUAUUCUUCUUUAAAAGCCAAAUAUGUUAAUCUAAUGUGUCACUUUUAUUAGAAAAAAAUCGUUUUAUAGCAACGAAAACAAAAAGUGGAGACCCAAUCUUGCCCUAUGACAAAACCAAUGUAACAAAAUGUAGCGUUCAGGUGUUUUUUUUUUUUCAAAUUGUAUUCUGCUAGCUGUAUGGUUCAUUUCAUGUCCUUACUUAUUAUGUGUGGUAACUAUCAUACAGGAGUCCAUAUUUGGGUAAAAAGUUUGACCAGUUUAUAGUUCUAUUUUAAUUAAAUGUGGGUAAUAUUUUUGAUGUUUUUUAAGGUAUUUAUUGUCUUUUUUUUCGCUAGUGUUCAAUCCUUCGCAAAUUGCAGUCGAUUUGGCUACCAUUUAAUUCUUUACAAAUGCUAGCUGUUUUUUUUUCGCUAGCGUUCAAUCCUUCGCAAAUUUUAGCCGUUUUAUAGAUGAUACAACGGUUUGGUUUGUAUAGUUUAUGUAAUUUGUUUAUCUAUGUAUAGGAAUUUUUUUUAAUUUUAAAUUUAUUCGAUAGAAUUAUAAAGAAAUUUUACGUAGUGGUUUAUACAAUGUUUCUUAACGGCUUUUUAUAACGACA